AUCAUCAUCAUCGCCCGUGACAACGCGCCGACCUCUCUUCGACAUACACACCGAACACCUCAACACCGUGUCGCAGUCAUGUCGGGAAAGCCUGGAAUACCAGAAUGGCAGCGUGCCUCGUCGUCUUCUACCGCUUCUACCGCUUCCACCAAUGAUACAACUUCCUCUCAGAAGCCAGAAGAGGAAGACGAAGCAAGCGCGCAACAACAACCACAACAACCACCCGUAGAAGCCCCCACACCAACCGAAGACGAUGUCGCACAGCUAGAGGAGGAGCAGCAGGCCUCUGAGAACAGCAGUCUGUUAGAGCAGGCUGCGCGUUUCCUCGAUGACCCAACAAUUCGCGAUGCGCCCCGGGAGAAGAAGGUGACGUUCUUGGAAUCAAAGGGGGUGAGUGCCGAGGACAUUGGCAGGCUGUUGGGUGAAGAAGAACCGGAGAGUAGGCUAGUCAAAGUUGAGGAUGUGGGCGAGCGGGCAUGGUCGACGACACCCCCGAAGCCUGCGCAUGUACCUGAAGACCAAAUUCAGCCCCGCGAAAUACCCCCAAUUGUCACAUACCCAGAGUUCCUCGCAAGCACUGAGAAGCCACCGCCUCUAAUUACGACCGAACGCCUUGCGGCUACAGCAUACAUAGCAGGAGGUUUCAUGGCAAGCAUGUAUGGAUUGUCAAAAUACAUCAUAGCGCCCAUGACACAUGGCCUUGCAGAGUCACGGCGCGACUUUGCAUCUCAUACAAACGAACAGUUGAAGGAGCUUAAUGAACGGCUACGCAAAUCAGUAUCUGUCGAUCCCGCAAGCAAAGUAAAGCCUAUUGAAGACGGCGCAGACAAUGUCUCUGAAGCCGACUCUGACCCUACUGAGCUCUACCACCGCGACUAUGGCACCCAGACCACACCCAAUCUCUCCCGCCGACCUUCUACCUCUACCGACCCACACCCGACUGUAACAGCACAGGAAAACCGCCUGAAAAUCAUCAAAUCACACCUUCAGGAACUUGAGUCCCAUCGCGCGGGCCAGGGUACAUCACGAGACAGACUGAGGACAAAGAUCUCGGAUUUGACUACCUACCUCACAGAUAUGGACUAUCAAAAUCAGUACUACCCUGCCAUGGGCCGCUAUGGAGCGACAUUUAAUUGGACUGGAAGUUCCCAGGAGUCUAAGAAUGACCAGAUUGAGGUAUUAAAGGGCGAUAUCAGGGCUGUCAAGGGUGUGUUUUUGAGUGCUAGGAAUUUUCCAACUGGCGGCAUGAGUGCAACGCCUAUACCAACAGGGAGAAUCUUCAGUGGUAUAUGUUGGAGCCGUUGGGCGUCCAAAUUAUCGUCGUUGGGACAUUCAAAGUCCGAGGACAAGGAUGAAACAUCCCUCACAACGCUUCUCGAUGCGGAACAAUGCGCCGAGUUGACUUUUCUGAUAGCUACCAUUACAGCUUCGAUGCGAAAGUCUCUAGUCAAGACCUUUACUGCCAAAGAAUUUCCGAUUGACGAGAAGACCGCAAAGUCGGAAGAAGAAGCUCUGAGAGAUGCGCCUUCCGACCUCGAUAAUGUCGACGUCGAGAAAGAAGACAAGAUAAAAAAAGAGAGACAGAAGCGCGAGGAGGAGGCUAAAAAGGAGCUUGCAAAACCGGAGGUGCAGGAACUAAAGAGGGAGAUGCUGAGAUACUUUGACGAUUGGCGUGGCCAAGUUGUCAGCAGAGUCGGCGAGGUGAUCAACUCAAAAGACAAGGCCAGGAAGCAAGCCCAAGAAGUGGAGAGCCAGCAAACCGAAACAAUAACCAGCAAAUCAGAGGCUGGCCUGACUAGUAUCGAGAAGCUCGACGAUAAGGAGGAAGAUGAGGAGAAGAUGUUCAAAUCCUUGUACCCUCCUGUUCCCACCAAUCUUACUCAACUAGAAGAGAGCAAACGUGCUCUUGUCCUACACUCGCUGGUACUUAUCUUGUUGAGCCUGGAACAUUAUUCUGCGCACUCUCGCGUUCUGAUCCUCUACCUCACAAGCUCGCUUGGGCUGGGUAGGGACGUCCUGAAGAAAGAUGAGGAAACUGUUGCGCAAGGCCUGUUGGAGGCGGCAUCCCAACAGCUCAAUACAGAUGAAGAGACCAAAAAAGCAGCUGAAUCCUCGCAAAAGGCUCGUCGAUGGAAAGUUGGACUAGCAGGGGUAGCUGGCGCUGCACUUAUCGGCGUCACUGGUGGCCUCGCCGCUCCUCUCCUCGCAGCAGGGAUCGGAAGUGUGAUGGGUGGAGUUGGCCUUGGAGCUACUGCAGCAGCAGGCUAUCUGGGCACACUGGCUGGCUCAUCUGUUCUUGUGGGCGGCCUUUUUGGUGCUUAUGGUGCGAAAAUGACCGGGAAAGCCAUGGAUGAGUACGCACGAGAAGUCGAGGACUUUGCGUUCAUUCCAAUCCACCGUACACAAGACCCCAAGAAACAAGACAACGAGUCUCGACGUCUCAGAGUAGCCAUUGCCAUAUCUGGUUGGCUUCGCAAGCCCGAGGAGGUCAGCCAGCCAUGGCGUUAUAUCAGCAAAGGGACAGAAGGCUUCGCGUUACGAUGGGAACUUGAGGCGCUUCUUAAGCUCGGGCACAGCCUCGAGACGUUUAUCACAAGUGCAGCAUGGGGCUACGCGAAGAAGAAGAUCAUUGAACAAACCGUUUUCGCUGCAAUGACAGCUGCGUUGUGGCCUCUUGGCCUGCUCAAAAUCGCAACCUUGUUGGACAACCCAUUUUCUGUGGCCAAGUACCGGGCUGAGAAAGCAGGAGAAGUCCUCGCAGACGCUCUCAUCAACAAAGUCCAAGGCGAACGACCAGUCACUUUAGUAGGAUACUCUCUCGGUGCCCGCCUUAUAUUUUCCUGCCUACAAAAGCUUGCCGACCGUAAAGCCUUUGGUCUCAUUGAAAAUGUGGUCCUUGUUGGUGCUCCUUGCCCUUCCGACGCUGAAGACUGGCGCCGCAUCCGUUCUGUAGUCAGCGGGCGUUGCGUUAAUGUCUUCUCUAAAAACGACUACAUCCUUGGCUUCCUGUAUCGCACUUCUUCCGUUCAACUCGGUGUUGCCGGGCUCCAGCCCGUUGUUGGUGUACACGGUGUACAGAACGUAGAAGUGUCCGAACUGGUGGACGGCCAUCUCCAAUAUCGCUUCAUCACAGGUUCGAUUCUACGCAAGAUAGGAUUCGAGGAUGUUGAUAUCGAAGAAGUAGAGCGCGCUGAAGCUGACCUACAUAAAGAAACUAAAAAGGUUGAAGAAGAGCGCCGCAAGAACGAAGGUGAAAAGGGAGAAGGAGGUGAGGAUGAAGAGGAGUUGAAGAAGCAAGCGGAAAAGAAGCAGGAGGAGAGCCUUUUGGCGGUCAUGCAGCAGAAGACGAGAAAUAUGGAUAUUGGUGGCUUUGUGAAGGGUUGGUCUGGCAAGGCGGCUCCUGAGACAGCAGCGAAGCAACAAUCGGGCGACUACAAGGAUGAAGACAAGAGGAAGCAUACUGAGUAGAUGGGUAGGAUUUGUGGGGUUAUUUAGAUAUCACACGAAUAAAGCGAGUUUGAUUGUGCAGAUAGUCCGUAGGUAAUGACAACUGCUCCAAAGAUCUCAAGACCCCUAGUCCAUCACGAAAUUCAUCCC